AUGACUGAUUUCACUGCAAUUUUUCAACCUUUUUUGGACCUGUUUAAUCAAGGACAAGUACAAGCUAUUCUAUUGGCAUGGCUUCCAACAAAGAUAGGACCCUAUCUAUCUGGAAUAAUGGCAGUAGAUAUGUUUGUAACCACAGUCAUAGCUUCGGGAUUUACUGUAUUGUGUGCAGCACUAUAUGCUAUUUCACAAUCAUUAAUUACAGGUAAUGGCUGGAAUAGAAAUCUAGUAACAGUACAAAUCGAGUAUUAUGUCACUGAUCAAUAUACCAGCACAUUUUACGAAGCUUUGUCAUGGCUCAUUUCCAAACAAACAAAAAAGUUGGAUAAAGGUUCAUUCAUCGUUCAACCUACCAAUGAUUUGAUUUCUCAAGAAGAUGAGGAUGAUGAAUGUGCACCACCUUCUUUUAACAUCCUUCCUGAAAAGAAUCAACAAAUUAGUAUUGAAUAUAAUAAACGCAAAUUUAAUGUUACAUAUUGUAUUCCAGAAGGGGAGAAUACUGAAAAUUCUAACAACAACAACAAUAGUUAUGCUUCUGCUUCACCAAAGUCAAUGCCUUCAAUUUAUUUAACAACAGUUGAAGAUUCAAAAACUAGUGUAGAUUCGAUUUCCGAAUUUAUUAAUGAAGUGACACGUUCAUACCUUGAAGCACAAAAAAGGGAUAAAAUACGUGCAAGAUACGAACGUACUGACGGAUAUUGGUAUAGAGUACAAAGUUUAUCAUCGAUUAGAGGAUUGGAAACGGUAGCUUUAGAUGAAAAACAAGAACAAUUAUUGAAAAAGGAAUUGGAUACAUUUGUUAGUGAUAAAGAAUUCUAUGGAAGGAUUGGUAUGCCUUAUAGACGUGGAUUUCUUUUCUUUGGAAAACCAGGGACGGGAAAAACCAGUUUGAUAAACGCGAUAUCUUCACAAUUAUCACGUGACCUUUAUUAUAUUAAUCUUAAAAAUAUAACAAGUGAUAAUGAAAUGAGUGCAGCAUUUAGUUCAGUACCAUCUAACCAAAUAAUCGUCCUCGAAGAUGUUGAUGCACAAUCAAAAAUUCUUCACAAAAGACGAAGUGGUGAUGAUGAUAAAUAUUCCAAAGGAAUUUCGUCCGACGACAAUAAAGGCGGUAAAGGAACCGGAUCAGGAUUUUCUAUGAUUAGUUUAUCAAAUUUCCUUGGAUGUUUAGAUGGUCAUAUAUUAUCUGAAGGUAAUAUAAUAAUUAUGACCACAAACCAUGUUGAACAUCUAGAUCCUGCUUGCAUUCGCCCUGGUCGUAUGGAUGUACAUUUGAAUCUCGAAUAUUGCACACAUUAUCAAAUAAGAAAAAUGUAUCGCAGUAUCGUUGAAAAUCAAAAGGCAGAAUUUCCUGAGGAUGUUUUACAAAAAAUUCCAGAACAUUUAUUACCUCCCUGUGAAGUUAUGAUGACUAUGGUUUUGUACAGAAAUGAUAUCGAUCUUAUCCCUGAAAAAGUUUUAGGGUUGGUUGAGAAAUAUAGAGAUAUGAACCCUGAAGACAUUGCAAAACAGAUGGAAGAAGAAGCACGCCGAAUUGAAGCUGCUUCUAAAAUAGUCGAAAAUGAGGCAACUAAAUCUGAAGAAACUAAGUCCGAAGAAACUAAGUCCGAAGAAACUAAAUCUGAAGAAACUAAGUCCGAAGAAACUAAAUCUGAAGAAACUAAAUCUGAAGAAACUAAAUCUGGUGAGACUAAAGCAGAUGGGGUUAAAUCCGAAGAAACUAAAACUGAGGGUGUUAAAUCUGAAGAAAUUAAAACUGAAGGAAUUAAGUCUGAAGAAACAAAAUCUGAAGCAACCAAAAUCGAUGAAGUUAAAUCUGAGGAAACAAAGAUUAAGAAAACUUUAAAAGUUGAAAAUGCUGAAAGUAAAUUGAGUUCAGUUAGUAUGACAAGAAGUUCUAGUAACCGUAGUGAAACAACUUGUAUAAACGACGAAGAAAAUGGUGGCAGCGGUAAUACCACCGAUGUUGAGGUAGAUGAUAUUCAAACAACUAAGAAUAUAAAACUUGAACCAAUAAUAACAAAAGACACAACUUCACAAAUUCAAAUAUAA